ACGAAACAUGAAGUGCAUGGACAAUAAACUAACUAACACAUGUAAGCCGGGUUCGAACUUUUAUUUUAAAUUUUGUGUAAGUCAAAACUCGAUUUGCAUUUGAAUUUUUGUUAAUACUCGAUACUGGACAUACGCGAUUAAUGUAAAUAUACUAGUUUGCAAGUUAUAAAUACAGUUAAAUUUGAUUAAAAACUGUACCACAUGCUUGUGAUGGGUAUCAAUAGCAGGCAGCAUUCCUACAUCAGAUCUGAUAUAUGAGUAAUGUGGGAAAGAAGACAAAAAUAUUACGUCGUUAAUAAUUAAACAUGAAUUUUCUCGGUUUUGUUUUAUUUAUUUUCACGUUCGUUACAUGUACACGAUGUGCAAUUAUAUCAUAUAUGGCCGGUUCUGCAUUAGGGAGCUUAGGUUAUUAUGCCUAUAAAAAGUACGAAUGCAUGUACUGGGAAUGCUGUACAGACGAAUAUAUUCAUUCUGACUUAGACAGACUAGAAUAUAUGUUGUCUGCUAAUUUGUUUGGACAACAAAUUGCUCAUGAAACAAUCAUAAAUGGCUUGCGAGGACACUUGGGAAAUAAGGAUUCACAGAAGGCACUGGUUAUGAGUUUUCAUGGCACUCCAGGAACUGGCAAGAAUUAUGUGGCGCAAAUGAUUGCUACAGUUUUCUAUGAAAAGGGUAUUCAAAGUCAAUAUUACCACUUUUUCAAUGGCCGCAAUGAUUUUCCUCUAGAGGAAAAAGUAAAUCAAUACAAGGAGGACCUGUACAAAAUCAUUUCCAACAGUUUGACAAAAUGUGACAGAUCGAUGUUUGUGUUUGACGAAGUGGAUAAGAUGCCGGAAGGUUUGCUGAACGUGUUGGUUCCCUUUCUAGACUACAGCAAUUAUCAUAAAUCUUCAAUGCGUAGUGAGACCUUGUAUCAGGGCAGAGCUAUUUUUAUAUUCCUUUCGAAUACCGGCAGCAGUCAAAUAGUGCAGCAACUCACAAACCUAUGGGAAAAGGGAAAGAAACGAGAGGAUACCGAGCUGCAGGAUUUUGAACAACUGAUAGCUAACGGAGCAUUCCAGGAGAAGGGUGGUUUCCAUCAGAGUGAUACUAUACAAACCAGUGUGAUUGAUCAUUAUGUACCUUUUUUACCUCUCGAGGAAGUACAUGUUAGAAAGUGUUUAAAAAAAGCCUUCUCCCAGCGAGGAGCCACUCCAACCAAGGAGCUUAUAGAAGAGGCACUUUCGUAUUUGACUUUUGGUCCUGAACCGUAUAAUCUCUAUUCGAUGGCUGGAUGCAAAAGAAUAGAACAGAAAGUUGCUGCUCUUGUGUAUCGUGACAAGCAGCCUGAAACUAAUUAAGGUAAUUUGAAACUUUUUAAUGUUUAAAAUAAUAAAUAAUAAAAUGAUAAAUGAUAAUUAUGAAAACCAUUGUAUAAGUAUUUAUAUAACAUCUCGAUAAGAUCCUUUAUUGAUAGAAUUUCUUAUUGGCACACUCAGAAAAAUAUGUCUAACAAUUAAAAAAAUAAUAAAAUUAAUUUCAUACUUACAAUAAAAUAGAUAUAUACUAGAAAGUUAAAUAUAUUUUUGUAUACAUAUUUGUGUAUCUAUAUAUAGGAGUUCGACAACUGGUGAUGUAAUUAAUGAAAAGAGAUAAAUUCCACUUUUAUCAUAAAUUUGUCACAACUAUUUAAUUAAAUUAAUUUAUUUCUUGGAGCAACGAUAUGCUACAUAGAGUAAAUUAUGCAGUUGACAAGAUUUGGGGUAUAUUUCUCCAACAGCUUUUGAACUUAAUAUCUAAAUUAUUAUUCCAUGGAUAGAAUCUUAAUUGGCACCGUAAUUGAGCUUGUAAUAAGCUAACAGGUAGACUUCUUGGGCAGCUUUUUUAUGAGCUUUUAGUUCGCCGUUGCUCUAAGUAAUAUAACAUAUUUCAGAGCAAAGAAUUUGAUGCAGAAUUAACGUUUUUAAACAUUAUGAAAGUUAAUAAUUGAAAAGUUAAUAAUGAAGGUUAAUAAUGAAAAAUGUAGAAUAUCAAGUGUCAUAAAUUUAAACGUUUGCAAAAUGAAUAGUAGCUUUUAGAAUCAUAAUUAAGCAAUGAGAAAUUGUAUUUCUUUGUUCUCCAUUUAUCGAACAUCCUGUAUAUAAUUUGAAUUAUACAUUUGUUCGCAAUUCAAAUGUAAACUAGAAAGUAUCUAUUAAUACAGAGAAGAUUAUAGUAUAUACAACUGAUGUCUGGCAAUUGACUCUGAAUCUAAUCAUAAAGAAGAAAGUUAUCGGUAAUAUAUGUAUGUAUAUAAGCCGCCGUCUAAACAGUAUGUUCAUAAAAAAGUGAGAAUCGACAGUAUAACUUUUGGAAAAUAAACUUUUUAUUAAAUAAAAUUGAGAAUUAUGUCGUUAUAAACGUUUUAAUUUCAAUUCUUUAAUAAAAACGUUUUAAUUUCAAUUCUUUAAUAAAAAUUCAAGAUUUUCACAAAUUUUGAAAUCCCGUUGAAUUCCCAUUUUUAGGAACAUCUUAUAUGAAAUAUAUAUGCAUAUACACAUACAUGUAUAUUCUAAAUACACUUCCAGAUGAACAACUUUAAUCUUUAUGAUAUCGCUACUUAAAGAUAAUCAGGAAUGCCGCAUCGCAGUAAAAAAUAAUUGUCAUUUUUAUAUAAUUCUAUACAUGUCGCUAAAAUAUAUUUGUCUAAGCGUAGCGUCGGGGCAUACACUACAUCGGUGUACUUGUAAUGCGUUCGGAACUCGUAAAACAUAAGAGAACUGUAACAUCGAAGUUGCGCAUGUGAUGCAUGAAUCGUGCGUCUAUCUAUAUUCUCUUUUUAUUAUACAACACAAGAAUGCCUCGCGA